CCCUUCAGUUAGGCCACGCCUCCUCGGCGCGCGCGGCGAGCGGGAGCCGGGGGCGGUGGCCCCGGUGCUCCGAGGCAAUGGCCGACGACCGAGAUGUUCGAUUUGUCACCGAGGAGAGCUUCGACUUUGGCGUGCUGUCCCCAUCGGACAGCCAGGAGGAAGAGGAGGAUGAGGAUAGCCCGGGCGGCGGGUGCCGGCACAAGGGCGGCAACGGGCGCUGGAGUCCCCUGCACGGGGCCCGUUUGGAAGAGAUGGUGCGGGAGGCCACGCGCCUGGCGGCGCAGUUGGAGGGGUGUCACCUGCCCCCUCCCGCCCCUGGAGACCCCCCGGGACCCGCCGCCACGCCCCCCGGCACCCCCCGCAGCCCCCGCCGCCAGACCUUCGUGGUGAAGGACAGCCCGGUGCGGGCACUCCUGCCCACCGUGGAGUCGCAGGGACCUGCCCCCAUCCCUCGCGUCCCAGCCAAACCCCCGGGGGCCUCUGCUGCCACCAGCGUUCCCGAGGCACCCCCCAGCCGUAAUUCCACAGCAGCGGUGAAGGGACCCUCUGGGGCCAGGGGGCUCCCCACCAGCCAUGUGGGCCCCUCCCGGCCGUGCCCUCCCCAGGGGCAGUGGGCUGGUGCCCGGGGCAGGUCAGAGCCCCCCCGGGGGGGGACAGCAGGUCAGCCAAAGGCAAGGAGGGGUACAGUCCCCUGCCCGCCCUCCAGCCGCCAGCCCCACGCCAGGACCACCACCGCAUCUGUCCCCUCUGGCUGUUCCCCUGCACCCACUGCCCUCCCUAAGGUGUCCCCUCGGACUCCAGCAGUGGGUGGGAGGACCCCCACUCCCAGAGGUGUGGGGGCAGCACGGGCAGCCCCCCCAACUACUGCCUCGGGGUGCAAACCAGGACCCCCCCCUGCCCGCCUGCGGCCCCCACGCAAGACGGCGGUGAGCAGCACCCCGAGGUGACACCCCCAAACCACCCUGCACCCGCCCAGAGACCCUGGGGGCACCCAGACCUCCCCCUAGGUACCAGCCAAGGUACCUAGGCUGGGAGGGGCAGAGCCAAGGCAACCCUACGGAUGAACUGAGGUUUUGGAAGGAGGCAGGCAGUGCCAGGGGCCCCCAGGGAACAGCCAAGGAACCCCUUGGCUGCCAAGGCAGGGCAGAGCUGGAACCGCCGGGGACCGGCUGAGGUUGGGGUGGGAGAGGCACGGGCCUCCCCAGGGAUGAGCCAAGGCAUGCACUGCGUUUUGCUUUAAUUACAAAAGGUCCAAUCAGCAGUAGGAAACCCCCCACAUCCCCCAGUACCCAGGGGUCCCUCACCCCACAACACCCAUCCCUCGGUUCCCCCACCUGAGCCUCACCCCUGGGCAGGGGAGGGGGUGUUCCCCAGACAUCCCUGAACCCCCAACUGGUCCCCCCUCCACAUGCCCCCCACCUGGGGAAGUUCACACCAUGGGAUGGGUGGCACCUUCAGGGGGGUUGGCACAAUAGGGGAAGUUGGUUAUAAAUUCCCAUUUUUGUAUUUUCAUGUAUUUUUUAAAUAAAGCACUCUGCUGGGCAAAGGGCCUGGGGGUGAUCAUG